AUGACCGUGUCCUGGGCGUCAGAAUGUAUGCAGAAUGUCGCUACUGAGCUGCGAGACGACGUAGAAGAGCUUUCUGCCAAUUGCGGUUAUGAGGAUCAGUCCAGGCUCGUAAGGGUUGCAAAUCAGCUAGCUGCAGGCGCUUGCGGUGGUGGGCUGUUGCGCGAAGUUGAGGUUCUCAUCGAUCACGCACACAAAAAGAUGGCUAGCUCGUCUGGCAGAGUUUUGACCACUUGGCGAAGAUUCUACACCGAUGCCUGUAUUCUGAGGUCGUUGUCAGACAUGGAGCUCUUUACGAAGGCUGCCAUUGCCAGACUGGAUCGUGCGAUCAUUAUUGCAGGCGCGGCAGGCCACCACAAGCUUGAAUUAAUCCACGUCCUCAUCAGAAAAGCACAAGUUGAAUUUUUAGGAGCCUCUUGCGAAUGUUAUGGGAUUCGGCCAACAUCAAUCACUAUAUCCCCUUCGACUUCCAAGGUAUCUGCUUCUUCUGGCACUAUUCCAUACUUGAACUCCCCUCCAUCGCUCGGCGCCUUUCGCAGUCAACAUUCUCAUCAACCUUUCAUUCUACGGGGAUUCGCUCAUUCCUGGCCUGCCCUGCAAGAACAUUCUUGGUCGUCGUUGGAGUAUUUACGGUUUGUGGCAGGGCCAGGUCGCGUGGUUCCCGUUGAAGUUGGACGCGACUAUCGCGACAAUGAUUGGUCCCAAAGGCUAAUGGACUGGGAAGAGUUCCUGGCUCACACAGGUCUCGGUGGCACUAUUGUUCAGUCAGACGACGAGACGCCCACCUUGUAUUUGGCCCAACAUAACCUACUCAUGCAGUUUCCAGCUCUGAGGGACGACAUAUGUGUUCCUGAUUAUGUGUAUACCUCUCCUUCUCCCAUUCUGUUCCCGUCAUACCAACCACCUGGGAACGAUGAACAACUCAUAAUCAACGCGUGGCUUGGGCCUACGGGAACAUUCUCACCGGCGCAUUUUGACCCAUACUUCAACUUCUAUUCACAGGUUGUUGGUUAUAAGACAGUAUGGCUUGCCCCUCCCAGUUCGUCCAAUUCGAUGUAUCCCGUCGCGCAGCUGGGAAGCCCGCAUGAUUCUGGCGGUUCUACUGGUAACACGUCCGCUGUCGACGUCUUUGGAGAGAGUGAUGGAUCGUUUCCGGCCUUCUGGGCAGAUGUCGUACCACACGCCAUGUCUGCCACUUUGGAACCCGGAGACGUUCUCUUCUUCCCCCCUGGCUGGUGGCAUGCAAUGAGGAGCGAGACGCCUAGCUUUUCUGUUUCUAUGUGGUUCUGA